AUGACUGUGAUUGAGAAACUAGCUAGCACAUCAGGAUUAAAUACUCUGACAAGCAAUCAGCCUACAGAGAGAGGCAAGUCAAAUGCUCAGCACCAUAGCUUUGGAAAAUCUGAAACUGUAGAAAGCACCAUGCCACAAAGUAAAAGUACAGAAUCUGCUGCAUUUGGAGAUUGGGUUUUAGUUGAAUUGGUGUCAGAAAAGAAGAAACUACAUCACUUUGUUGGUCAAGUCACAGUUUCUGACAACCAACGUCCCAAACUAACACAUACAAAAUCAGUCAAAAGACCUGCUGAAGAAGCUGUUUCUAAUGCACCCACUGAAUGUCCUACCAUUGAAGACAAUGAAAAACCUCCAAAACUUCUCCGAACGGAACCUGUUCCAGAUAAGUCCUCAUCUUCAGAUCUGCAGCAACAAUCUCAGUCUUCAAUCCCCAGUUUUUCUGUGCAGAUUGUCCAGCAAUUUUCCAAAGCACCACAUAGCCAACAUUCUCAAACUAUUCAAACAAAUGUCACAGUUCAAGCCCUUUCCAAGCCAUCAGAUUCUCCAUUACCUCAGGCACAAACUGUGACUGUGAGUCAACAAGUUCAGGAAUCAACAGUGAAUCAAACUGAUCAAAGUUCAGUUAGUGCACCUAUCUUGAAUAUAAGUUCAUCGGGAAAUAACGUCGAGUGCAAACAAGAGAAAGAUUCUUCACAAUCAGACUUGUGCCAGUUUAAAAACACUCAGGACUGUCACCAACAAGAUUUAUGUGAUUUCAAAAGUAACCAAACUUCUAACUGUGGUGGUGAUCGGUUAUCUGACACAUUUCCUAGUUUGGGUUUUACGGACGAAUCUGGGGAUGAUGUGAUACAUCCAGAUCUACUUAAGGAUUUGAUAGAUGAUGUGUUUACGAAUUCUGCAGACAUAAUGAAAGAUUUUAAUUUCGACGAUAGUGUUGGAAGCAUGAAAGAUCACGAAGACUCUACCAAAGAUAUAAUAGAUUUAAUGAAAGGAACUUCACCUUCUCAAUUAAAAGCAUUUCAAACUGACAGCACAUCAGUUGUGAAUGCUCCAUCGAAUCAAAAUCAGCAAAACGGCUUAUUCAGAAGUAUUUCUUCUAAUAAUGAAGCAACCAUGUCUUUGAUGUCUACGACAACAUCAAACCCUGUAACGACUGCCUCGUCUUUUUUCAACACUCCAUCUCAACGAAUGGCAGCAUUUAGCAAUUCAUCUCUCUCUCUUCCCAAUGGUUUAGGCUUAGAUUUCAAGCUAACAGAACCAAGUCCUGCUGCACUGACAUUGAAGCAAAUGGCUGAACAGCAUCAAAACAUGCAGCAGAAGCAACAUCAUCAGCAACAACUUAUUAACUCCCCUCUUUCCAAUCGGCCAUCACCAUUUAAUCAAGAUUCUUAUCCUAAUCCAAUGAACAAUCUGCGACCAGUGAGCUAUCUCAACGGAACAAAUAAUCAAGUUGCUUGUAACAGUCCAAAAACAAUAAAUGCAACUUCAAACAUGUUCAAUAACUUUGAUCACCAAAUGAACAAUUUUUCUGCUGCAGAUUCUCUAAACAGCUUUCCUGGUACAGAGCCCCUCAGCAGUUUUCCUGGAACAGAGCCCCUUAAUCCAUUCCAAAAUUGUGAGCCAAUCAGUCCAAACUUAUUUGAGCAAGAGAUUCGUUCAAGGAACUCUGUUGUAAUUGCUGAUGCUGACCGUGCCAAACAGCAGAGGCUGCACAUAGAUGCCAACUGUCGCCCUGUUGAACCCCCAAAACCACCUGCUUAUGGUGCCUCAAGACCACUUACGCAUUAUUCGGAAAAUGUUCCUGUGGGACACCCUGCUCCAUCUAAUCAGCAGCAACGAAUAAUAGGCCGGCAAUUCCAAAAUAAUCUUGAUAUACGUAUGCAGAUACAGCAGUCUCAGCAUAUCCAUGGAGCACCUAACCAACAAGCUGUUCAGCAAUUGCAGCAAGGGAGCAAAUUACCUCAAAAUAGCAAUGAGUUCAAGCAACAUCCUAAUUUACUACCACAACACUCAAAUGUGUUUGGAAACUAUACUUCACAGCAACCAAUGAACAAUCCAUCAUUUCAUGUAUCUGUAUCGCAGUCACAGUCAAUGUCAUAUUCAACGCAAUUCACGACUAAUCAAGCUGUAAAUAGACCACCACCUGAUUACAAAUCUCAUCAUACUAAUAUGUCACCUGAUAACUUGCGUAUUGCUGACCAACUGAAUGCACCCUCUCCAAUGAUGUACAAUAAUCCUCCUAAAACCAAAUAUACAAAAGCUCAAAGAGCUCCAAAUGUCACAAUCACUCCAGAUGGCUCCGCAAUUUCAUCUUCGGGGAAUUGGCGACACAGUUUGGUCAAUCCACAGCACCAUAAUCAGUAUCGUAUGAGGCCAGCUUUCUUGCAACAAGAAAAUUACAAUGUGAUUCGAAACGAACAACAGCUUAGCAGUGCCAUUCCAUCACCUAUGUUUAACCAAUAUAGGAUUCCUAAUAAUCAAGUUGCCGCCAAUCGUGGUGUUCGACCUAAUAUGAUGUCGGCAGACCACAUGCUGAUGAUUCAAAGGCAAAGACCUUCUGCUCCUCUACGCCUCAGAAACCCAUCAGUUGAUGAAAUGAACCAUUCUUUAUCGAUGAAUAAUAAUCCUCUGGCCCAAGCUGCUGUUAUGAAUAGUGUUUAUUCAAAUCCUCAAGAUAUGAACAGACAAGAUGGUAGCCAAAUCAACCUGGACUUCUUAGAUAAUAUUGAAAGCAGUGCUUCGGAUUUGCUGAAUUUUGACCAAGUUAUGCAAGGAGGAGAAACCCAUUUUCCAUUGUUAGAAGACAUAGAAAUGUUUAAUAAGUGAAGUGCAAUAUUUGCAUAUGCUGUCAUAUACAUAUAUACAUUGCAUAACUUCAGCAUGUUUUGGAUUGUUUUGCUUUGCUUCCAAAAAUGGACAUUCCGUGUUGUAAUAUUUUACGUCAUAUUUUUUCCAUUGCAUUACAGUUUUCAUAAACAUAUUUUUACUGCAGCUUUUUGCUGUGUAUGCAUUUAUAUACUUUUGUAAACUAUUUCUUAUUGCGCGCUUUUGAUUGUAUUUUUACGACUGUUAAGAUGUUCAGACAUUUAUAAAUAUUUUUGAAGAACAAAUAUUUUUCACUCUUUGUUUUGCUUUAAUUUCCACUUUUGUACUUCAUGUUUCAAUGUGUCAGUUGUGAAACCAAUGUAAUAAUAUUCUGAUUAUUUUAUACCAGGGUAUCUAUUGAUACUGGAAUUUUCAUUGUAGCAAUGAAAAAUAUAAAGUAUUUUAACGGUAUAUUUGUAUUGUGUACCAUUCAUAUCAACUGAGGGACAUAAUGUAUGGUAUAUUAACCCAGAGUGUGAUCAAAAAAAAAAAUUUUUUUUCUCUCUUUUCAAAUUGAAGUAUAUUUAUCAAAAAAAAAAAAUAAUAACUUGAUCCUUAAAAUUAACUAGAAAAUAUUGAAUUCUUUGGUGUUUUUAUUCAAGUUAAAUUUGUAAUCUAAAUUAUAUAUACAUAUAUUUUGUUGUAUAGCUUGGUAAAAAUUAAAUCAUAGCAGUUGUUUGGAUUGAGGCCCAGAAAAAUUUGGUGUUGCCAGCCGUAGUUCAAGUUGUAUAUUGCUGUAUGUAAUUUUUCAUUUAAUAUAGUAAAAAGAAAACAUUGGGCGAACUAAUGAACUGUGAUGGAUGAAGAGAGUUUCAUAUAAAGUAAACUUAAGCUGUUUUCUACAUCAAGCAUCAUUUAACAUUUUAAAAAAUAGGUUCAAAAUAAAGAAAUGAAGUUUCUAGUAUAGUAUUAAUAUAAUUGUUGAACCAGGGAUGACCAAGCCCCCAAGUCUAAUAGUGCAACCCUCCUCCCCCCAAAUACUAUUGAACUUCUCAAGAAGAAGACACCACCCAGAAGAUAAGAGUAUUUCUAAAAACUACCCGCCCCCUUUAAAAUUUCAAUGCCAUUGAACAUUUCCAGAGGGGUGGGGGUUCAGAGUGCCCCUUGGUUGCCACCCUUGGUUGAACUACAAGUACAUUAGGAAGGGAAAGUAUCAACAAUAGAUACCCUGUGUGCAUUACUUAAAUCUAAAAAAUGUGCAAUGUAACCAUAUCCAUUCAUACUGUAAACUAUGUUUGAACAUUUUUAAAGUAAAGUACUUUUGUAAUAUAAAUUGUGGUUUUCCAUUUUAACACAGCAUCCUAAUCUUUGCUAAUACAGUGAAGCAGUUUAUAUGUUUCUCUUUUAUAUGUUUUUAUCAAUUAUACG